AUGGAGAAGUUCCCCGACGGGGCGCACUUGCGGUUGCGGCUGCGGAGCCGCGUGCAUGGAGGAGGAGGAGGAGGAGGAGGGUGCCUCUACCUCGACGCGGACGAGGAUGGGGUGGGGGUGUCCCUGCGCGAGCACCGCGCCUCGCUGAGCGUGGCGUGGCGGGUGCACCGGGUCCAGCACGGCGGCGCCACCCGCGUCCUCCUCCACGGCGCCGCCUACGGCCGAUACCUCGCCGUCAGGCCCGCGAACGCGCCGCCGCCGGGCCUCCGCGCCCGCCGCGCCUGCCGCGCGGUCCAGUGCGUCUACGACGCCCCCGAGCAGGAUGAUGUCCUCUGGGAGGCCGUCGACGCGGGGGACGACGACGGCGGCAGCGGCGACGUCCUCUUGCGCCACCACAGGUACGGCCUCUGGUACGACAACGGCGAGCCGAGCACGACGAUGCGUUGGGUGAUCGAGCCCAUUCCCCCGAAACCGGAGCCGCCAGCACUUCCAGCUCCUUCUCCCAGUGUAGGAGGCUUACGGAGGAUCCGAUACGUGCGGGCGGACGAUGACGGCAACUUCGCCCAGAUCGGCUGGGGCACGUUCGACUUCUGCGGCCAAUCCGUGUACCGCCUGAGGGGCGAGGUGUCGAUCAAACUGGCCGAGCCGUUCGCCAGCAUCGGCAUGACACUGUGCGUUCGAGCCGGCCUCUGCGGGCGGUUGACCCUUCUCGUCACCGACCUGCCUCGCAGCCAAGAGCCCAUGGACGUCGUCGUCCUCACCACCGGAUCACCAGCUGCUGAGGCGUUGGUGUACCCAGAUGCUGAUGCAUAGAGGUACGGUGCAGAACUUUUCACAACAACUUCUCAAUACAUCUCUUCAGAAAUCAGAAUUCUCACUACUCUGUGCAGCAAUGAGUUGAGGAUCGCUUUGACUUCUUUUGUUCAGAAAGUUUCAGAAAACUCAACAACCCUUUUGUAUUUGGUGCUUAGAUUUGAUACAUUCUGUAGACUAGAAGCAGUUUGAGUUGGCCUUUGUUUCAGAGCUUAUAAAAUGCUGAAAGAAUAUAUGGAAGUAAUGGAGAAUGAUUUGCAUUUGCAAUGCAACACGGAUUCUACUUACCAGGUUUUUCUGCGUGAUAACAAGAACACAUGUUCCCGCUUUUGUAUGUACCUUGCUCAAAAUCCUGAAACAUAAAACGAAUUAGAGUCCGUGUUUGUUG